UGGCCUAUUGUAUAAACAGGGUGUCUGCUAAUGGCAAUCAAAAGCAAACCGAAAUAGGCCAGGACAUUACCAGAAUAUUGAACAAAUUUUUUGAUGGCGGUUACGAUAAACGGGUGCGACCUAACUAUGCAGGUCCACCAGUUGAAGUAGGCGUCACAAUGUAUAUAAUCAGUAUUAGCUCAAUAUCGGCUGUAAAUAUGGAUUUUACGGCCGAUUUCUAUUUUCGCCAAUCGUGGCGCGAUUCGCGGCUAAGUUUUAUGAAAAGGCCGGGUAUUGAUGCCCUGUUUGUCGGGGCUGAGGUAUCCGAUAAGAUAUGGGUGCCGGACACGUUUUUUGCCAACGAAAAGUCCUAUCAGUUUCAUAUGGCGACCACUGAAAAUACGUUCAUUAGGAUCAAAUCAAACGGCGAAGUUUUGCGAUCAAUCAGAUUGACAAUAACAUCCUCGUGUCCAAUGAAUUUACAAUACUUUCCAAUGGAUCGCCAAAAGUGUACGAUUGAAGUGGAAAGUUAUGGUUAUUCAAUGUCUGACAUACAGUACAAGUGGGGAAUGGGUGACUGCGGCGAGUCGUGCAACGAACUGGCCGUAGGUAUGUCCUCAUCGCUAGAGUUACCGCAGUUCAAAGUCAAAGGUCACAAUCAAAAGAAAAAAAUUGAAUUCCUGAGCACCGGUAAUUAUUCGCGAUUGGUUUGCGAGAUCGAGUUUGUCCGGUCAAUGGGUUACUAUUUAAUACAGAUCUAUAUACCCGCCAGUCUUAUAGUUAUCAUAUCGUGGGUAUCGUUUUGGUUGCAUAGGAACGCCAGUCCCGCUCGGGUACAACUGGGCGUCACAACAGUGCUAACAAUGACAACCCUGAUGUCAUCGACUAAUGCCGCUAUGCCUAAGAUAUCAUAUAUCAAAUCAAUUGACGUAUUUCUCGGCACUUGUUUUGUUAUGGUAUUUGCCGCCCUAYUGGAGUACGCCACUGUCGGCUAUAUGGGCAAACGUAUAGCCAUGCGCAAGUCCCGYAGCCAACAGUUGGCCAAAUAUCUGGCCGAACAUCGCCAAAAAUGUAUAGCCGCCUCAAUCGAUAGCGGUCUGGAACCGCCCAUCAGGACAUCGUUGUAUACAAAUCCAUGUAUACCGGCACCGAAAGGUGUCACACAUGUGCCGGAGGUUCGCUACCGAAUAUCUGGYGGCUCGCGKACACUGACCCGUACGCCAUCGUACAAAGCAAACAAACAAAUGCAGGCACAGGACGGCGAUCUYGAGCUSAGUGGYGCCGAUGCCGAAGCGGUAACACCGUCGACACCCACCCAACUGACACCGUUUAGGGGUCCGAAAAAUCCGAACACCCUGUUCGGUGUCUGUCCAUCCGAUAUUGACAAAUAUUCCCGAGUAGUGUUUCCCGUUUGUUUCCUAUGCUUUAAUCUAAUGUACUGGAUCAUUUAUAUGCAUAUCAGCGAUUUUCUACUAGAGGAGUCGUCGGGCGAUAAAGAAGGUGCUACGUAGCUUUCGUAGUCAUUGCUUGAGUAGGUAUGUGUGUGUGUGUGUGGAAUGGGUGGGUGUAAUGUAGGUGUAUGGGUGUGCGUGUAUAUUAGGAACACCUCUAUUACCYACCAUUCUCCAUGAACAUUAUGAUCAUCAUCAUCACCGGCGUACACCUCUAUUAGUGCAGUAAUAAAUGAUKAAUUAUUAUACUG